ACACCUGUCAAAGCUUCCUUUUUAUAAACAAUAACAAGAAAUGCAUUUACCAGGCACCGUAUUCACCACUUCUUCUUGUGAUAUGUAAUGUAAUCAAACACAGUGAUCUAAACAUGUCCCUGACCGCACCCGACUGUGAUAUACCCGAACCAAGACAACAAUCAAAAAUAAGUGACAAAAAUUUAAUUUCUUAUAAUGAGGUGGCCGCCAGGCUGCUCGAUGACAAACUGUACCUCACGGCCCUCGAAUUGCACUCUGAAUUCAUCGAGGCCGGCAAGGAACUGAAAAUAUUAUCGAAUUUCUUUUCAAAUCCCGGAAAUUUCGAGGGACAAACCCAAGAGUUUAAUUCUCGCCUUUCACGCUCAGGCAGUCAAGCCACUUUGGAUAGUUUGGACUUGACAAGAUAUUCAGAAGAUGGAGCUAUUGGGGAUGAAAGAGUGGCUGUGUUGGAGUUUGAGCUUAGAAAGGCAAAAGAUACAAUAAAUGCCUUGAGAAACAAUUUAACUUUUGCAACUGAAUCAGAGACUAGCACCCCCACCAAAGGGUCUUUAAGAAACAUAGCAGGAACAUCAAUAAAGCCACAUGAACAAAGGGCAUUAAACUUUUUGAUAAAUGAGUAUUUGUUAUUGCAAGGAUAUAAACUCACUUCUAUUACCUUUGCAGAUGAAAAUCAACAGCAGGAUUUUGAUGAUUGGGAUGAUGUAGGGCUCAAUAUCUCUAAACCACCUGAGCUAGUUUAUUUAUAUAGAGAGGGGCUGAAACAGAGUGGGCAAAAUGGGGUUGCAGUUGCCACCCAAACUGACUUUGAAAAUGAACAGGAGAACAUUAUUAGGGAACAGGACUGCGAACUGGAAAAACUAAAAUCCAAAGUGUAUUUUCUCGAAGCAGAUUUAGCAGAGCUACAAGCCUUAAACGAAAGCUAUUUGAAGGACACACCCGACCAGAAAGUCUCCGACUGUAGCGACUCCUCCCCAGAAAAGUUCCAAAUAGUCCACGAAACCACAUUUAAAAAAACCUACACCGAAGACAAUUUCUCCUGCAAUAGUCCGAACUGGACCAAAAUCAACAUAAAAGAUAAUAACGAAUCAUUCACCAAACACGUCCACAAGUCAUGUUACCUUGAUAUCAACCCCGCAACCCACUAUGACAUACAUCACUCCUUGACCAAUGAUAUUGACGUCGACAAGCUGAUCCAUAAUCUGACACAAUCCUUACUAAAAUUAAUACCAAACAUCAUACUAAACAAACGUGAGGAGGCCAUUCCAUUGUUGAUGAUGGCCGUGCAGUUGAAUACCAAAGCAAGCGAGAGGGAUAAAUUGUUGCAGCAGUUGUUUCAUUUGAAGAAGCGCCCCAAUGAAGAGGAACGGGCGGUUAUUUUGGCUGCUGUCAUUGCUAUAGCUAAGAACGCUGGAGAACAAAUGGUGGAGAAUGAAGUUUUGCCGCAGUGCUGGUUGCAGUUGACUCAUAAGCACGUGGAGAGACGGCUGUUAGUGGCUGAGGCGUGCACUGUUUUAAUACCAUACGUUUCCGGCCCGAUCCGGAACUCCCUGGUGCUCUCUAUGCUCCAGCAAAUGCUCGAAGAUAAAGAGGAAAUAGUGAGACAGCAAAUUAUCAAAGCGUCCGCCCUACUCUUUUGUUACUGUUGCGAUCCCGACAAGUAUCCACAAUGCGAAACGAUUGCGUUCAGUAGUUUGAAGGACUAUAGCAACGCCGUUACUCAUUUGAGUAUACAGGUGUUGUUCCCUGUGCUUGCCAAAUGGGCAUUAAAUGAUGGUCUCCUAUGUACGAGCCUUUUAAAGAAACUCCUGCACCAGUUAAACCAACUAGUAAAAAACAUUGAAUCUCAUGCAAAAAUCGGCCAGGAAAUGGACCAACUGCACCGAAUUUUAUCCGUAAUCGACAAUUUGCUACCCUAUUUGCUUACGAAUAUCGCUUACCACGACAACGUGAUAAGCAACAUUGAAAAAGAUGUGAUAAUACCUAUUAGAUCUGAUUUCAAGAAUCUCUGCACCGGAUUAACCAAUCCCGAAAUAUUUAUGAAAUCCGAAUUAAAUUUCGGCACAGUUCUCUCUGAAUUUGACAGAUACGUCUCUGAUAAUCCUAAUAUAAGCUGGCCAGAAAUGGAUUGGGUCGUCGAUGUUAUGCUUCCAGAUCUUCUUAAUAACCUCCAUCACAUCGAGCUGGCCCAACAAACCCUCCUGGAGGGUUUUCUCAACCUUUUCAAACAUAUUUGCAUCGUUUUCGGGCACGGCUUCAUCAAAUAUAAAUUGCGCCCUAUCCUGCACAAAAAAAUCCAAAACUUAGAACAACUGAUAAGUAGCUUCAAUCAGUUCUGUCCCAGUUUGAACGUGGUGCCCAUAUACAUCACCUUGUUGACCUACAUGAAGGAUUAUGACGAAAUAUCCACCGUUUUGAGGAAAUUUUUAUGUGCGUUGCCAUUAUGUGGAAGUCCUCUGGACUGUUUGGAUAUUACUGUGAGAAAAUUGUGUGAGGAAGGAUUACAGGGUAUUGUGGUGGAUUGUCUGUGGAGCGGUGUGGUACACCAGCGCCCUCUAGUAAAAUCCGCCUCGGCAAAUUUAUUUUGCGCGAUUAUCAGUAAUUGUGGUGAAGAACUGCUUAAGUCAAAGGUGGUCGGUGCUAUUGUGACUCUAGCUAAUGAUAGUGACAUCUUGGUUCGGACCGCAACUAUUCCAGCUCUGGGUCGCCUAAUAACCAACUGCAACGUCAAAGAAAUCCAGGACAAAUCGUACAUGCAACUUCAAACCCUAUUAAACGAUUCGACGUUGAAGGACAACCACACGUUAUCCAGACAACUGAUCGUUACUCUGGGGAAUAUUUUCGUUAGUAGUAACAGCAGCUUUAGAAACGAUGUAAUCCUUCCUCAGCUGACGACUUACGCCAUGUUCAUGUCACAAAUGUCAAAUCACACCAGAAAAAUCGAUAUGGCGCUCGCGCUGGUCGAAGCGUUUACUCACGUGGUCUACAGUCCAUUGAUGAGUAUCAAUAAUGUCGUCAAGCCUGGAUUAAAGCAUUUAGAGUCUGUAAUCGCUGAGAACCCCUCCCUUUCCGUACACCACGAGACGGUUUUGUCGAUGAUUAAAGAAUGCGAUAACAAAUCGAGCGGGAGCGGACCUGCGUCGCCCGUGGGUCUCAAUGCAAACCAGGGAGUGGAGGACAUGCGCCAAAGGAUGAGCAAAAUUUUCAAUAAGCCCAACGUGCACACAAACUUACAAGGGAUCUUUAAAAAGAAGUAGUUGUCUAAGCUUUAUGUAGUUUAAGCUCAAAAUGAUAUACGAGUUAUUUUUUUAAAGUUUAUUAAUGCGGUUGUGAAUAUUGUUGCAUUUUAGAGGUUUGGAUAAUGCCUAGUAUUGUGGCACCCGAAUUUCACCACUGUAAAAGUCUUUAUAUUUGCUUUAUGAAAUUAUCAGAUGUACUUAACUAUUUUUUACUUAUUAUUAUUAAACGGUUAUAUAGUUACCUCUUU